AUGGAUUUAGUCAAUUGUUCAAGGGUGGAAAAAUUCAUACUUCUUGGUUUCCCACAUGUUUGGGGAAUCAAUGUCAGUUUCUUUGUGGUCGUCCUCCUAUUAUACAUGUUGUCCAUCGCAGGGAAUGGUCUCAUCAUACUCAUUGUGAGAAUCAACAGCCACCUCCAGAAGCCAAUGUAUUUCUUCCUUAGCAACCUCUCUUUCCUUGAGAUGUGGUAUACCACCACUGUUGUGCCCAAAAUGUUGGCCAAUCUCCUCUUCGCGAGGACAACAAUAUGCUUCUACUGCUGCAUGGCGCAGCUCUACUUCCACUUCCUCUUUGGCGUGACAGAGUUUUUCAUCCUGACUGUCAUGUCUUUUGACAGGUACUUGGCAAUCUGCAAUCCACUGAGAUAUACUACCAUCAUGACUUCCAGUGUUUGCCUUCAGCUUGCACUGGCUGCCUGGUUUGGGGGCUUUUUCUCCAUCCUUUUUCAAAUAACAAUGGUUGUAAAGCUUCCCUUCUGUGGUUCCAAUAUUGUCAAUCAUUUUUACUGUGACAUAGGACCGCUGUUGUCUAUUUCGGGUGGGGACACACGUUUGAUUGAAGCCUUUAAUUUCCUGAUUGCUGUGGCUGUAAUUGUGACAUCUCUGCUUCUGACCGUCAUCUCUUACAUCUUCAUUAUCUCCACCAUUCUCCGCAUCCCUUCAACUAGGGGGCAGAAAAAGGCCUUCUCCACCUGUGCCUCUCACCUGGCUGUGGUUAGCAUCUUGUAUGGGGCAGUCCUUUUUGUUUACUUAAGACCAAGUGCUGCGAAGUCAUCGGUCAGUCACAACAAAGACAUCUCUGUGCUCAACAUUGUGGUCACCCCAGUGCUCAACCCUUUCAUAUACACCAUCAGGAACAAUGAAGUCAAAGCAGCUUUAGGGAAACUCUUCCAAAGGAAGGCCUUGACUUUGGGGAUUAAAUGA